AUGGCUUCGAUGUACUUCCAAGACACCUCCACCCGAGUCUGGGACUACCUGGAUAAGAUGGACGCCGACUGGGUUCACGAGCCAUCCAUCAUCUCUGAUAACAACUUCAACUCUGGAGAACUUACCUGGGGAGCUCAACUCAGCCACUACCCAAAGCAAAAGCCAGCAUCGACCCGCCACCAUUCGUUGAAGAGAGAUCCCAGUGACGCUUCCAAUGGCUACCGACGCGAGUUCCUCUCCCGCCGUGACAGAAGCGCCUCCGGCUCCAGCUUCAGCUCCACGUCUACCAGCUCGAGACUGAGCUGCAACAUGUCCAGUCAUGAAGGCUCAGCAGACUUGAACUCCGUUAUCCAAAAUCUCAGCUCCCAACUCGGUUUCGACCUGAACGAGACAUUCAACUGCGCAAAGCAAUACAGCAAGCCUGUCAAGUCGCCCAAGACCAUGUCGUCAUCCGCUCGCGUGGUCGCUCCUCCAAAUAUCAAGUCUACAAAGACACCCAAUGUUCGCCACGAGUUUGCUUUCCAAAUUCCUUAUGCGCAUAAACCUGCCACCACUGUUGAAUACGACAGUAUGAUGUCCGCCCUAAAUACCCCUAUCAAAGCUACGAAUGCGCCUGCAAGUGUCGAUGCAAUCUACAAGACUGACCAUAAGAACGCCGGAGCGAAAGAAGUUGGUAUAAAGAAGAUCAAGAGCGCGCGUAAGGUGUCCUUCGCCGAGGUUGUUCAGGAACUCCCCAUUGUGGCCGAGGUGGAGACGGAGCCAGAGCAAGAGCCAGAGAUGAUCAUCGAUGGGGGAAGCGACAGCGAGAGUGACGGUGAUAGUGUUCCCGAGGCAGUAUUUUUGAAUGUCUCGACAUCUAUGCAGGGUGCACCUCGUGUUCGACAUGUGGAGAUCAGAGACGCUGAAGAAGAAGAGAGCGAUUACAUCAAAGUCUAUCACUCCUGA